AGUGUAUGAUAAGAAUUUUAAAACAAGCUCUCAAACAAAAUAUACAGAUUUAUACACAAGAUGGGAUGGUCAAUACAUUGGAGGAAAACAGCUUGAAUGAUGAUUGCUCAACUAAGAAGUUUAAGACAUCUUCAUCUUCGCUGUCUGCACCUCUAUCAUCCUCGACACUAUGUGGCUAGUGACCAAUCACUUAAGCCUAUAUAUAAGGCUGUUGCUUUUGACAUGGGAGGGGUGGUGAUUCCAACACCCCUACCUAUAUUCAAUCAGUUUGAAGAUGAUCAUGGUCUCCAGAGAGGCUCUAUUGUCUCGGCAAUCAAAGCUGGUGGAGAGAGAGGUAAUUAAGAGCAUUUGGUAAGAAAAUUUAGUCUACUCUCUCUAAGACCCAUACAUGAGUGCUGGUGUCCACUUUAUCUUUUUUUAAAACAUUUACCAGAAAUUACAAAAUAAUGCAACACUAUGACUUACAAUAAUGUUAUGAUUAAGUUCACAUUAUCUACGUAGUAGAAUUAUACAGUCAACUCUCUCUUAACCCUUUCACUGCCAAUUUUAGCCAAAAGCAAAUUUUGACCAAAUUUCCAGAUUUCAUUUUGCGAAAUUUUGAAAAAUAAAUUAUAGCAACAUGUGUAAGUACAGGCAGAGAGCUUUCAUUUGAAUGGUCACAACAAAGGAUUUUGUCCACAUACUCAAAAGUUAGAGUCACCUUUAAAAGACUCCAUCAAGUACUCUGGCAGUGAAAGGGUUAACCCUGUAACUCCCAAGAGUGACCAACAUCAGUAUUAUUUUUUCUCCUAACAAUGUCUAUACAUAANCCUAUAUUCAAUCAGUUUGAAGAUGAUCAUGGUCUCCAGAGAGGCUCUAUUGUCUCGGCAAUCAAAGCUGGUGGAGAGAGAGGUAAUUAAGAGCAUUUGGUAAGAAAAUUUAGUCUACUCUCUCUAAGACCCAUACAUGAGUGCUGGUGUCCACUUUAUCUUUUUUUAAAACAUUUACCAGAAAUUACAAAAUAAUGCAACACUAUGACUUACAAUAAUGUUAUGAUUAAGUUCACAUUAUCUACGUAGUAGAAUUAUACAGUCAACUCUCUCUUAACCCUUUCACUGCCAAUUUUAGCCAAAAGCAAAUUUUGACCAAAUUUCCAGAUUUCAUUUUGCGAAAUUUUGAAAAAUAAAUUAUAGCAACAUGUGUAAGUACAGGCAGAGAGCUUUCAUUUGAAUGGUCACAACAAAGGAUUUUGUCCACAUACUCAAAAGUUAGAGUCACCUUUAAAAGACUCCAUCAAGUACUCUGGCAGUGAAAGGGUUAACCCUGUAACUCCAAAGAGUGACCAACAUCAGUAUUAUUUUUUCUCCUAACAAUGUCUAUACAUAAUGAAGAAAAAAAUUGUAACGAGAAUGAAUAAAAUGAUUACCAAAGAGAACAUGCUUUGAUCUUUUAUCAAAUUCUCUCAACUAAUUCUGUAAGGAAAUGUAUGGAGACCAGCCUGGAGAAUUUGUAUGUGGAUAUUGGGGCUAAAAUGGUUAACAGAAACUUCUCUAACAUGCAACUCCAGAUUGGUUUCUGUUGUUCUAAUCUUUAGUCAUUGAUUUUUGACUCCUUGCAAGAGGUGCAUCUGGACUAAAAUGGACUCUUACCCAUUAGUGACAGUUCCGGAGGCUUUGACUGGGUAUAUGUUACAGGACGGUCAAAGUAAUAUUCAGGUUAAAAUUAUUUAAUCUGGGUUGAUUCUCUAUUUCCUUUUUUUCAUAGCCCUAAUUAUUCAUGAAUUAGGGCUAGGAGACAAAGGGAAUUGAGAGUCAACCUAGGUCAAAUCAAAAUUAACCUGAAAUCAAAUUUGACCUGUAACAUGUAUAUUGACUAACCUGUCCAAAAAAAUUACAAAUUCCUCUUAUUUUAUAUUAAAGGAUUUUUUUACUUGGUAGAAACUAUUCAUUCAUCGUCAGACUUGACUUAAGACACCUCUCUAGUGCAGGCAGUUAGUGCUAUUCUAUUCCCAAAGGUUUCUGCAUGUUUUAUAGAGAGAUUUUGAGUCUGACUAUAAAAUUAUUUUGUUCUUGCAGGUGUCUGGGCACAGCUGGAAUGUGGUCGUCUAUUGCCAGAGGAAUUUGCCAGGAAAUUUACAGAAAUCCUUCAAACGAUGACACAUCAACCAGUGGACAUGGGAGCUCUAUUACCAAGCAUUCAUAAAGCAAUGAUUGAACCAUAUCCUGAAGUGCUGACAGCUAUCCAGUGCAUAAGGGCAGAAGGCCUCAAGACAGCUUUGAUUACAAAUAACUGGUGGUUGGAAGAGGGAAGAUCGUUUUUGCCAGUUGACAAGAAAUAUUUUGACGUGGUGAGAAACUUUUGAAUUGACUCACUUUUAUACCCCUGGCCAUUACUUUGAACAUUAUUUUGACCGUUGACUUGAUUGUUCCUGUUAUCCGACUUUUCUUUUAGCAAGCUAGUUUAAGUGGCAGAUCCAGACUUUGAGCUAAAUGACGGGCCUGCUGAUCUCAGAAAUAUUUUUAUUCUUUCUGAACCACACAGGCUUUGAGUUUUUUCUAAAAACAAGAUGCAGGUGUGACCCCCCCGAGGCCCCUCCCCUAGAUCUGCCACUGCUAGACAAGUGUAUACCUGUGAUAACAUAAAAAUUAUACAAAUUCUUCUAGUACAGACAUUAUGAAACAGCUAUAUUAUUUAUAAUACUCUCUGUUACAACUCCUACCCCUCUCAGAAUUGUUGGCAUUUUUUAUCCUGGUUUUCACCCUUUAAACAAACCCUCUGGAUUAGUGGGCUUGCUCCAUGUGAUACAAACCAACACCUUUAUUGCUGAUAAUCCACUUGCGUAAUAUUGGCUUAUAGCUUACCCACUGGAAAACCAUGACAAAGGAACUUGUGUCAGACCACCCUGUUUCUGCUGUGAUCAUUACUGAUUAACUCCUGCUCCUACAUCCCACGUAAUUGUCAAUGGCAUUUUAUUAUUACAAAUCAUGAAGUUUUAACUGAAAAAUUUUCUUGUGCUUAAUUUGAUCUCAAGGUAGUAGAGUCAGCAAUUGAGGGAAAACGGAAACCAGACGAACCAAUUUAUCUCAAGUUGCUAGACCAACUCAAACUGAGUCCUGCAGAGGUGGUUUUUCUUGAUGAUAUUGGCAGUAACGUGAAGACUGCUAAACACCUGGGUUUCCAGACGAUUAAGGUAGACUAUGAUGGAGGAAAAGCAAUGUGUGUCCCUUGCCAUUAUUACAUGAUAUUUAAACAUUUUCAUCUGUGAAUUAGGUUGAUGAUGUCAAGGUUGCUUUGGGUGAUUUGGAGAAUUUGCUGCAUUUUCCUUUGAAAGGUAUUCAAAACGCUUUAUAAAAGGCGGUAUAAAAGACCUGUAUUGUGAAAUGAAACAUUAAUAAUUUAAUUUACAGCUGAAGGAUAACAGUUCAUUAUCCAAUGUUACUAACACUAACCCUAUAUCUCACCAAAGCCUGGUCCUACUGGUACUUUCUCGGGGUUUAAGAUUUCCAGACAAUUUUAGUCUUUUGGCAAAAUAGUUUGGCAAGCAAAUUAACUUAUAGGGAUAAAGUGUUUAGAGGCCACCAGUAGACAACCAGAUCAUUGACUUCUCCAGGAUUUAAAAUAAAUUUUCUUUGCUUUGUAGGCUAUGUUCCCGGUACUACAGCAGUUCGUAAAGUUCACCAGAUCCCUGCUGACUCUCUUACAAGGUAUCUGCAAAAUGAAGUGGGGCUACAUCAAGAAGGUGACCAUUAUUAUAAUUUUCAAAAACUAUGCACAUGUCCUUCUGUUCCGGCCCACAGCAAUUAUUAAAAAACGUGUUUUUAAUACCAUUAAUUUUUCCAAAUUCCCAAAUUGUCAACUUUCCUCGUGGCUGAUAACUGAUACAUUUUACAUCGCCAUUAGAACAAAGCACAGUUAUAUUCAACCUUUUGGGGCAUUGGAGUGUACAAUGAUCCCCUUUCUUAAGAAAUUUUAUCAUGGGAGUGGCCAAGAGUAGAGGAGGCCAUAUAGUUCACUGGGGUUUUGAUCUACUGUACAAGGGCUUGAAGGUUUGAAAUAUUACCUGUAAGUACCUUCACAGGUAUGCUUAAUAAAUAAAUGUGUAAAUGUGUGAUUUAAUUAGAGUUUGGAGUUAUACCAUUCCAUGGUGCACUUUGAAAGUAGGGGGCGAACUCAUUGGUGAGACAGCAUUUCGCGGGGUUUUAUUUUCCCGAUUUCAACAGCCAGAUAUGAAAAAGGGCAUUAAAUUUCGCGAUUUCGCAUUCUCGACUUAAUUUUAGUUUUCAAAAAGUCUGAACAUAUUAAGAAUUUCUAGAUAGACUGGAACAAGCAAUGUGUGAAAUCUUUGCAAAUUAAGAUAGCAGUAAAACCAGUAAACAAUUUGCGUAUUUGUCGAUACAUAUCCUGUAUAUGUUGUUGCUAUAACAUGUUAAUAAAUUUUUCUGUGUUUCUACAAGGAUAUUAAAAUUUUGUGUGUGUAAAUUUCGCGAAGGUUUAAAAACGCGGGUCUUUAAUUUCGCCAUUUUUUGGCAAUCGCGAAAAAAAAAAGCGCGAAAUUAAGUACCGAUAAGGUAACUUUUUUUGUGUCCCCUCUGAGUCAGAUUUAUUCAGUUUGUUAUUGAUAACUUUCAGAGCCUCCCAUCAUUCGACAGUUUAAACAUGGCCAGUCCAAUCCUACGUACUAUGUGGAGUAUGGAGGGCAAAGACUAGUGAUCAGGAAAAAACCUGUAAGUGUUUUAAUGGGGGGUUAUAUGCUUUUGGUUAAAGACGUCGGUAAUGGUCUAUUGGCCACUGGUUGUGAUGUAUUGGCCUGAUGUUAUUUUUUUCUGAAGUUACAUAUGAACGUAAGCUAGGUUGCGAACAUUAAACAAUUAUUGGAUGAGGUUUUUGUGAUAUCCAAAAUAAUCAAGGUCGAGGUAGGGAUUAUCAGCCGAAGCCGAAGGUGAGGCUGAUAACCCUUACCGAGACCUUGAUUAUUCUGGAUAUCACAAAAACCGAAUCUAAUAAUUGUUUUAUUAUACAUUGAACGAAUCCUUUCUUUCUCGCUUCGACAUAAAAUGUUUUCAAAGUUUGUGCCAACUCUUCCUUUUCCUCAGGUUCUGUCAGUUUUUUCUCUUACACGUAAUCAGCAAACAGCCCCUUUGCCACCUUCGUUGACCUUUUUGUGUUUGAGAGUCCUUGUCUUCAACUACUUUUUUGAUGUCUUGCUCGGUCAACGAAGCAAACGUGGAAGUCAUGUUUUUGCUUCUUCACUGACGGCAAGCAACACAAAGCNUUUAUUAUACAUUGAACGAAUCCUUUCUUUCUCGCUUCGACAUAAAAUGUUUUCAAAGUUUGUGCCAACUCUUCCUUUUCCUCAGGUUCUGUCAGUUUUUUCUCUUACACGUAAUCAGCAAACAGCCCCUUUGCCACCUUCGUUGACCUUUUUGUGUUUGAGAGUCCUUGUCUUCAACUACUUUUUUGAUGUCUUGCUCGGUCAACGAAGCAAACGUGGAAGUCAUGUUUUUGCUUCUUCACUGACGGCAAGCAACACAAAGCGCACGAACUUGACAUGAUUACCCAUAGAAAUCAUGCACCGCGGUCAUACAUGACAUGAUUACCCGUGACCUUGAGUGUCCUUGACAUGAUUAUUGUAUAAUCUGCAGCUAGAUGACGUCUCAGGUGCUGAUUUCAAAAAUUCACUGUACGCUUUCGGCCAAUCAGAAAAGAGAUAGUGAGUUGAAUGUAUAAUAAUAUAAUUUAUCCGGAAUGACCCACAGUUGACUCCGGAUAACUCGAACCAAAGUCGAUUUCCCCUGGAUUUCCUUUAUACAUUUACUGUAAUUCUACCCUCGGUAACUCGAACCCUCAAUAUCUUGGACCUCCCGCUAACUCAAAGUAAUAACAAUGCUUAUGGAUAAAACUGGCGUGAAACUGACUCGUCCCCAGUCGUCUCUCAUUAUUAGUCUUUGGCGUGGAAGACUAGAACGGGCUCUUUAACGAAGGGGAUAUCUUCCCCCCGCGCAAAACCCAAGUGCUUCCUUAGUAAAUAUUUAAUGAGUAGAGACGACUGGGGACGAGUCAGGGCGUGAAACUACUUAUUUUUGAGUAGAAGUAAUAAACAGUAAACGACAAUUAAGGGAAAAACUUGGUCACGUGGUACAAAUCCACGUUUGCCGUUUGGCGUGAACUUGAAUCUUAAUCUCUCUAUCAUUAAAAAGACGUGUAGUCUUAAAGGUGAUGUUACACGGGACGAUUCGCAACGACGAUUUUUAGCGCAACACAGCGUCGCAAUGUUGGAACAAUGUUGUAGUCAUUCGAAACAAUGUCGCAACAAUGUUGCAACGCUGUGUUGCGCUAAAAAUCGUCGUUGCGAAUCGUCUCGUGUAACAUCACCUUAAAAGUACAGGUCAUCUAACAACACGCAUGUCUGACAUCAUAGCCUGGGAAGCUUCUACCCUCUGCGCAUGCUGUGNUUAAAGACGUCGGUAAUGGUCUAUUGGCCACUGGUUGUGAUGUAUUGGCCUGAUGUUAUUUUUUUCUGAAGUUACAUAUGAACGUAAGGUAGGUUGCGAACAUUAAACAAUUAUUGGAUGAGGUUUUUGUGAUAUCCAAAAUAAUCAAGGUCGACGUAGGGAUUAUCAGCCGAAGCCGAAGGUGAGGCUGAUAACCCUUACCGAGACCUUGAUUAUUCUGGAUAUCACAAAAACCGAAUCUAAUAAUUGUUUUAUUAUACAUUGAACGAAUCCUUUCUUUCUCGCUUCGACAUAAAAUGUUUUCAAAGUUUGUGCCAACUCUUCCUUUUCCUCAGGUUCUGUCAGUUUUUUCUCUUACACGUAAUCAGCAAACAGCCCCUUUGCCACCUUCGUCGACCUUUUUGUGUUUGAGAGUCCUUGUCUUCAACUACUUUUUUGAUGUCUUGCUCGGUCAACGAAGCAAACGUGGAAGUCAUGUUUUUGCUUCUUCACUGACGGCAAGCAACACAAAGCGCACGAACUUGACAUGAUUACCCAUAGAAAUCAUGCACCGCGGUCAUACAUGACAUGAUUACCCGUGACCUUGAGUGUCCUUGACAUGAUUAUUGUAUAAUCUGCAGCUAGAUGACGUCUCAGGUGCUGAUUUCAAAAAUUCACUGUACGCUUUCGGCCAAUCAGAAAAGAGAUAGUGAGUUGAAUGUAUAAUAAUAUAAUUUAUCCGGAAUGACCCACAGUUGACUCCGGAUAACUCGAACCAAAGUCGAUUUCCCCUGGAUUUCCUUUAUACAUUUACUGUAAUUCUACCCUCGGUAACUCGAACCCUCAAUAUCUUGGACCUCCCGCUAACUCAAAGUAAUAACAAUGCUUAUGGAUAAAACUGGCGUGAAACUGACUCGUCCCCAGUCGUCUCUCAUUAUUAGUCUUUGGCGUGGAAGACUAGAACGGGCUCUUUAACGAAGGGGAUAUCUUCCCCCCGCGCAAAACCCAAGUGCUUCCUUAGUAAAUAUUUAAUGAGUAGAGACGACUGGGGACGAGUCAGGGCGUGAAACUACUUAUUUUUGAGUAGAAGUAAUAAACAGUAAACGACAAUUAAGGGAAAAACUUGGUCACGUGGUACAAAUCCACGUUUGCCGUUUGGCGUGAACUUGAAUCUUAAUCUCUCUAUCAUUAAAAAGACGUGUAGUCUUAAAGGUGAUGUUACACGGGACGAUUCGCAACGACGAUUUUUAGCGCAACACAGCGUCGCAAUGUUGGAACAAUGUUGUAGUCAUUCGAAACAAUGUCGCAACAAUGUUGCAACGCUGUGUUGCGCUAAAAAUCGUCGUUGCGAAUCGUCUCGUGUAACAUCACCUUAAAAGUACAGGUCAUCUAACAACACGCAUGUCUGACAUCAUAGCCUGGGAAGCUUCUACCCUCUGCGCAUGCUGUGGAGAGAGAAUACAAGUGAGUUUAGCUUGCAUGCAGGCUCCAACUGAUAUCCAAUGGAUACAUAUCUUUCCAGUGGAUAAUGCAGUUGUUUACCCUGAUAGUUAUUCACUGAAUAGCGAAUUUUCAGCUGGAUAGCGCUAUCCACGUUAUGAACACUGAUCAUGUGUAAUUCUGAUUAUCUCAGGAGUGAACGGUAUUCAUACUGGUAGUUUACACAGCAUCCAGCUAGAACUAAAGUAAUUUCAGAACAUUAACAUCCGAACGUAACUUACCUUAUUUUUUUGAUAUGAAUUCCCACUGCCCAAUGAAAGCCUAUAAAAAUUUACCUAUCAAUUCUCCCCGUGGCGCAACAGUUGUUGUACCUCUUGUGACAUUUUUGGUAGUGUUACCACUUGCAUAAAUGCUCUAAUUGGCGCCCUUAUUCGAAUAAGCAUUCCCCCACCCCACUAAGCCCUUGACACCCGUCCUUACUGAAUAUACUGUAUGCAGUAUGUUUAUCUUAUGGAUAUAGCAUGAUAUGUUUAAUCAGUAGAGAACGACGCAUGUCGUGGCCGAAAUUCUGACGAAUGAAAUACUGUAACUACACCUCUAGUCGACUCAACAACUAAAAUUAAAAACGCGCUGCGGCGGCAAUGUGAGCGUUUACGGUAAAUGGUGUCUUUGAAAAACAAGUUAUCAAACAAGUUAAAAGGCCCCAUCCAUUCCCAUUCGCUUUGAUUUAGUACAUGCCUCAAUUCUAUAUUUUUUUUGUUUUCGCUUUCUGGGAGUUAAACUUACCUAAAAGAUUUCCUUUUAUACGUGAAGGGGAAUAAAUGCCUUGGUUUUCGUACAUGGCAAACUAUUAAAUAUAAAGAUGAUCUUCUCUAAAGUUAGAAAGUUAUACGAAAGUGCUUCUUUUUUAGGGUAAUGAAGGCGCUUGGUUCUGCUGGAGUUCCUGUUCCAAAAACUUUAGCGCUGUGCGAAGAUAGCAGGUGAAAUAUCUAAUCAUGAAUUGACUUCCGUGCGACUCUUUAUUGGACAUUUUUGCUUUUUUUGGACAUUUACCUGCGUUUAGUUAUAGGGUAUAAAAUAGUAAUUUGCGAAAAAGAGUUUGCUCUGUGCUAACCCUUAGCGUACAGCGUACUAUACCCUUCGUUAUGACAGUCUUCUCCUCACUGUGUAUCCUUAAGAAGUAGCGAAUUUUGUGCAAAAUUUGAUAGUUCAAAAGCACAGCUUACUGUAUUCUGCAAAGUUUCACAGAAAGUCUGGCUGGAAAAUCAAAUUUUCAGGGCAUCUUUUUGGUAAGCUUCAGAGAAUGUCGGCUGUCCUUUUAAAGUUCGGCAACUAUUCUGUUUCAGUAAGCACCGACGGCCUACGAAAUGCGCCGGCUACUUUGCUCAGAGAAGUCGGCUACUUUUUUCUACAAAGAAGACGUAACUAGUCUACUUUGAAUAACGUCGUAACCAAAAAAUGCAUCAUAAAGUCUGAAUGAAAACGCAAUUAUAUGUUUCCAUAAAGGCCCACUGGUUUAUACUUUAGUCAUGUGAACGCUAUAUUUCAGUCAUUUUUUCCCAAGUUUCUUUACGUAGAAUUUGUUUACGUGCAAAAGUACGUAAUUUAGAUUUCAUCAUUUGUUCUGUGGCUGAUAGAUCGAAAGUUGAAUGAAUUAGCUGCAUUGUCUUGAAUGAAAACAAGAACCACGCUCUUUUGUCCUCAAUUUAUUCCCCAUAAUGCUGGAAAUGGCAUUUUAGGGCUUUGAAUUUCAAAAUUUUCUAAGGGAGCAUGCCCCCAGACCCCCCUAGAAAAAGGGAACUUGUUUAUACAGUCGGUAACUCUAUUCAAACCCGCUGGCUACUUGUAUUUGUAUAUGAAACCCCUGCUGUUUAGUGUCUCUAAUUGAUUUGGAUAUACUUUGUCGCUGGUCCAUCUUCUACCAAUUCAAAUUUAACUGUUGAAUGAUUUUUCACGAGAUUUUUCCUCGGGUUGUUUGUGUUAAUGGAAUUCACACGAAAACUCCCAGUCCAAACGUUGGAGUGCGCACGAACCUCGCUCCUAAAGGUGACUUGUUGUUAAUCUCUCUGUAGUGUUUUGGGGACGCCGUUUUACGUUAUGGAGUAUGCCAGAGGACGCUUGUUCAAAGAUCCAUCCUUACCCGGCGUGACAGCAGAGGAGAGGAAGGUGAGAGUUGAAAGGGUGGGGGGAGGGGAGUUCAUUCGAGAACUAAUACAGUGGAACGAAGGGCCAGUUCAAGGGACUAGCAAAAUAUGUUCGCUUUAACGAACUUUCGUCAUAUCGAGGUUCUUUUGCAUUUAUUUUACUAUUUUUGAGGCAAAGAAAAUCGUUCGUUAUACCGAGGACUUCUUUAUAUGGAGGUUCUUUAUAUCAGCGUUCCACUGUAGACGUCGUUGUUUAUAAACACGCAUACAAAUUUAUGCGUUUAGCGCUUCCGUCCUCUUCUUAACGAUUUGAAACUGAUAAUUACUUUUUUAGACUUUCUCCAGAGUAAUAUAGUUUGUAAACAGAUAAAUACCUGAGUUUGCAUUCGUUUAGAAGCGUCAAUGGAUUCCGACACUUCUGAAGCAGGAGCUUCCUCCUCCACAAGCUUUUUUCCCAUGACAUGAGCGAGGAGCGCGGACGUCAAAGUGGGGAGCUGGAGACGAGCGAAAACAGGGCCUUGCUCUUUCGCUGAGGCUGUCGCCGGGUUUUUCUUUGUUUCCCCACUCCUCAGUCUCCCUGUGACUCAAAGAAGCCUUUGAGGAGGAGAGAGAGAACAAGUUCCCUGUCAUGUCACGCGAUUUCGUGCUCUUAUUUGCUUCUUCGUUUGAAUAUUUUUACCUUCGCUGCAAACAGACUUCACGGAGAUUUCAGGAUCGUAAAUUAUUCAUAUUUGUGCAGAAAUGUUCUGUUGUAUUAAGGCUCUGGCAACCUUGAAUUCGAAAGCAUACAUUGCCGGACCAGGUCGUCGCGUAAUGAAACUGUGUAUCUUUACCGCCGACAUUUUUUUUCUCGUCCAUGUUUAUGAAGAUAAUGUUACAACUGAAAAAAAAAAAAACAUGAAAUUAAACUGUGCAAAAGUUUGAUUAAUUCUCUACCGCGCGGUGUACGCAUAAACCAAAGAGUAUGUUUGUUAUUUGGGAGGGGGGGAUAUGAUGUUUUUCGUUUACUCUGCAAAAGUUUGGAUGGUUUUUGACUCAUCUUUUUGGUUGUUUGUUUGUAAUUUUGCAGGAAAUUUAUCACGCAAUGAACGAGACACUCCAUAGGAUUCACAAUGUUGACAUUGAUGCGGCGGGUUUGGGAGACUUUGGAAAAAGAGGCAAGCUCUGUGGUCCACUGUAGUUUUCAGCUGUACACUUAGAAAACGCCAGGGGUUAUUUGAAGACCCCGGCUGGUAGUCAGACUGGGGUUCGAACACGAGACCUUAAGCAUGUCAAAGAGAUCGGCACUCCCCCCCCCUCCCUUCGUAAGGGACACUCCCUUAUUUGGUCUGAACAGAUAUGAGCCGUUUAGUAAGCAAGGUCUUGAGUCUUAAACAGGAUGUAUAAUUUCACUAAGUAUUUAGCGUCUUGAACGGGGUGUCUUUUUGCAUCGAUAGCCUUUAAACGAGUGUGAACGUGGUCGAUGAGCUGUCGUUAAUAAUUCCAUGAUGUUAGUUUGAAAAAUUAUUUAAUUAUAAUUCUGUAUGCAAAACGAAACGAGUUAGGGUCAUAAAAUUGAUAAGAUCUCUUGCCUUAAACAGGGUAGCAAAAUAAAUGAUUUUUGUCUUAAACAGGGUCAGGGUUGGAAGAACUCAGCGGCACAUCUCUACUCAAACUUCCCUUGAGUGCCCUCCCCCCCGGACACAUCCUAGUGAACCAAUCAGCUGGGCGCCGGGUAGCCUUCGAGCAAGCUCUCCAUAUAUUUCGAGUGCGGCUCUCGUGUGACUUCUCGCGACUCCUCCAAAUGGAGCAUGACUUUGAAAGGAUUCAAACGCGCGAACAUAACAGAAAGAACAAACGAACGGAAAUAGAGAGAUUUGAUUGGUUUAUCGAACGGAUACAAAAACGUGCGUGGCUUUUGGUUGGUUAAGCGAACGCUCGAGUGAAAAAACUUCAUGCCCGAGAGCUUUCUAGAAUCAACCGAUACUUCGCUUUGACGUCAUACUGCAACAAGAUUGGCCAAUCGAACAAUACCUUUUCCAUUUUAGGGUUUUAGGGCCGUGUUUUGAUCUUUUCAUCCAUAGGCUGAUAAAACAGAUAACGGGCACUUACCGGAACCAUUUUUCAUAGUCAUACGAAAAUCAUUCUAUUUUGUGAUAUUGCAGGAAACUACAUACGCCGUCAGACAGAAACGUGGGGCAAACAGUACGAAGCCAGUAAGACCCACGACAUUCCAGCAAUGGACCAUCUGAUAGCGUGGCUGUUAGAUAACAUUCCUGCCGAUGAUAAUACAACAGUUGUUCAUGGGGAUUAUAGGUUGGAUAGCUCGCAGCCUUCAGUGUACUUUUUUUUCUUAACUGUACUCAUGGAACAUUAACGCUUAAACCUGAUCACAACAAAUACUUCAUCCAUGCUGUGUGUAUGCAGUCUUGUGUGAGUAGAAUGAGCGGUGAUACGGGAGAAAUAGUUUUUUUUCUAUGGGUAAUUCAGCUUUUUAGAAGAAAACAGAUCCCUGGAAGGAAAAUAUCAGGAAUCAACCAAACAAGGAAUCAACAAAACAAAAAAUAUCUCUCUCCGUGCUAAUAAAGUAACACGGAAUGUAGAAUCCCUGUAGUCCCAUCAUGCAACGCUCCUCCUCGGCAUAAUUCCACAGAGGAAGUUCAUUUUAUACCAGAGAAUUUCAUUUACACCUCUAAUUAACCACUGUUCUUUACAAUAGAUAUCUCUUUGUUGCAGGUUAGACAAUUUAAUUUUCGACGAGAGAAAACCUGAGGUAAUAGCUGUUUUAGACUGGGAGCUAUCCACGCUUGGCGAUCCAUUAUCAGAUUUGGCCUACAACUGCUUACCUCAUCAUCUUCCUCCAAAUUUCCCAGCAUUAAAAGGUAAAUUCAUUUUGCGAGGAGGCUCUAACAAUUGAAUCAAACUUAAAAGCAAAAUUUCAAUUCUUAUCUUUCUUCCCAUUACAUGUAUUUGAAUGCGAUGAAUACAUACUGUAUAGCAAUUUGUCUCUAAGACGGACCCCUUGGGACCCGUACUAAUUUCCAGGUGCCUACCUUGCGGAGAGUCGUAUCCUCGGAAAACCAGUGGUUAGCCAGCAGAACAGGUGCUAUUUUGUUCCGCAGGCUUUCGAGUCGCAGUCAUUCGGGUUUGGAAAAAAACGGUGUGACGAAAGUUUGCCUGUUCUCGGUCUCUAAGAAUGGGAGAGUCAAACAAAUUGGCUAAUGAAGAAAGAAGGGGACGAAAUCCAAGGUAGUUAUGACGUGUCCCUUAAAACAGCGUUGAUCGUUUCUCUUUCGUGUCACUUUCCCUAGUCUUCAUCGAGCCCUCUGCUUAGAUAGAGCGGUUUUCACUUGACUGUGGAAAGUAAUUGAGGAAUUGGUUUGGUUUUGGUUUUACUACGCCCUUUGGUUGGCUUUUGGUUUUACGACAGUCAAGUGAAAACCGCUCUAUGCCCAUUUUUCCCCUCAAAAUUAUACGUUAAUUGCUCUGUUUAUUUGAAAAGGCUUUGCUGACCGUGAACCCAGUUCUCUCGGCAUUCCCACAGACACACAGUACAUGGAGGAGUACUGUCAGCGCGCAGGGAUCCCAGUGGUCAAGAACUGGAACUUCUAUAUGGCAUUUUCAUUUUUCCGUGUGGCUGCCAUUCUUCAAGGAGUCUACAAAAGAGCUUUGCAGGGUGAGAAAACAGUCCUGUAGCCCCGUCCUGUUUCGCGCUUAUUCCAUCUCGCCGUUCAAAUCUUCAAAUGUUGUAGUGUGAUUGAAGUGUUGCGGAAAAUCUUUCUUAAAACCUUUUUUUCUGUUUGUUUAGGAAGGCGAAUACUAGAUAAACAUACCCUGUAGAAUGAACUAGUUUAAUGUCAUCACGUGGUACCGCGCGCUCGCAGAACCUUUUUGCAGUGUUUUCAGUUCAAGGCAAACGCCUGUUAUCUGGGAAAGUUGUGGUAACAAUAAUCAAUUUUUAUUUGUAUCAUACACACAGGCCAGGCCAGUUCAGAAAAUGCAAAAGCUGUGGGCAUUCUUGCGGAAACAAUGGCUAAGACCGGUUGGAAACUUGCUUGUAAAGAAACAAGGCCCGGCAAUGGGGCUGGUAAUGCUGGAAGCACCAAGUCUUCGAAGAGAAUGUAUUCCACUUCGACCACAAUCACUUUAGGUAAAGAGAGCUGCUACUUGCGCUCUUAAAAAAAGAAGAAAAGAAAAGAAAUAGCACUUGCUGGUAAAGCAAGUAUAAUAACCUUUCUUUGUUUCUAGUGGUUGAAACUCGAAGAACGCACAGGGAAGAAAGUUAAGACGAUUUUCAACACAGAGAGUGGUAAUGAACUUGUUGGUGAUGUGUAGACGACAGUUUACCACUUCAAUUUUUUACCCGAGUUUAUGGACAAUUGAACUGUGCAGCUAGCAUUUUAACACAGAGUCAACCGCACAACAUUAGUUUUGUCCAGAAAGACAAGUUUGUUUAUAUUAAGUACCUUGCGUUGCUUCAACAUGUUCAUCUUUAUUAAUUUCUUCGUCCCCGCACUGUGGGAAUUGUGUUUCUUUAUUGCAAGGUUUUUGAGAUCGUAAAAGUGGGAUCAAGUACUCUGCUAGCAGAGCUUUCUUUCCGGCAUGCUUUUUACCUUGUACGAGUCGUUCGCUUGGUAGACAUUCGCGUUGCUUGGCUUGUUUACUUUCGCACGUAUUCCGUGCCUAUUUCAACUUUCCCAAAACAAGCGAUCUCGAAAACUCUAUUUGGGCAACGCCAAAAUAAUAAGCAAGCAACCCGUGAAAAGUAGUAUGAUGACAUCAAGUUCUUUUUUCAGGUCAAAGCUAAUUAAUGUUUCUUCUUGUUUGUAUUUUUUCGCAGGUGCAUUGCCUGUUGCCAUCACGUCUCUUUCGCCCCGCGUGCAACAAAUGCACCAGCAGCUGACAGGUUUCAUAAACGAGCACGUGUACCCUAACGAAGCUGAGUUCAACCGGCACCAGUCCUCUGAACAAUGCUGGACACCUCAUCCACUGUUAGAAAAGAUUAAGGUAAGGUGUAGCAAUCACGUGGUUAGCUCCCUAUUGUCUCUCAAAGAUACCCACCUGAAUGGAUGACUACUAAGUGGGAAUGUCGACUUGCGCACUUCAGCUGUUGCGGUUCUAACAAUAAAUUUCGCAACAGCAAGAUAACAAACUUUCUAACGACCGAAUGUGUGAACGAAUGACCAAAGGAAUUUCAUAUUAUGUUACGUCAGGAGCCCUCUUCAUCUUACCUUAUGGGCUUCUUGUUACAGGCAUUCUUCAUACUGCUCGGAUGAGCUAUGUUGGAAGCGUACUCUAUAAUGCUAGGUAAAGAAGAUUGCAAAUUGUAAGCUAAAUACCUCGGCGAUCUUCAUUUGUUGUUAACAGGAAAAAGCCCGGUUAGCCGGCCUUUGGAAUCUGUUCAUUCCUCUUGAAGCAGACCCUAAUGUGAAAUAUGGCGCUGGACUAACCAACGUGGAGUACGCGUACUUGUGUGAAGUGAUGGGAAGAUCCGUGUACGGACCAGAGGUAUGUUAAUAGCGGAGCUCUCGCGAGCGAAACUUCCGCAGCGGAGCGUCCAUUACUGUAGAAAAAGAAAACCUAUCGAUGCGAAGAAAUUUGGUAGUCACGUGACUGACCGGAACCACUUACUUCGCUACCCCUACAUGCAAGCGGGAGCGAAAUUCGUAUUUAAGUAGCCGCGGAUCGCAUGGCCACCCCGACUUUUAGAGAGAAAAAGCAAACUAAAGACAGCAGAGCCAAGUCUUAUUUACAACUAAAUUUUAAUCACAUUGUAUGUCUAUACACUGACGUAGAUAUUAACUAGAGAAAGAAUUAGGUCGAGAGAGAUAAAAGACAAAGGAGACGAAAUUCGUUAGAAGAACAACGUGACAGUUUUAACAUAGCUUUUUAUGUUUCUGCUGUCAGUGUCGGGCCUGGUUACUGCUAGGGUAUUGCUUUGCUCGCCGUGUAGUUUGUGUUCGUGCAAUAAUUUUGAUCAGGGGCACCCAACGAGAAUAUAGUUCAAAACCACUUAAACAUAGCAUUGUUAAACGUAUUUUAGUACUUAAACGGUAGAUAUAGGCAUAUUUUUAUCCCCUAAAAAUGUUUCAUCUGUUCGGAGUUCCUAGCUGAAAGUCUCGAGAUCCGAAAAUCAUAGGGAUCAAACUUACCUUUUCGAAAAUUUCAGCCAGAAAAAAGGCUCCCGAAAAUUUUAGGUGAACUUUUUAGGGUAAAAAUCCGUUAAAAAUGGGCAAUUACACCAAUUUUUAGAUGUUCGAAAAUCCUAAGAGAGGUGGGCAAGCAAGAAAUUUUACAAAAAAUGUUCCGAAAAUUCUAGAUCUCAAAUCGUCUUCCGAACAGAUAUUUUCCGAAAAUUGACGUUGGGUGCCCCUGUUUUAAUAACCGUACAGACUUUGUUUUCAUCAGCUGGUCACAUUCCAUGAUAUAUACUAAGGUUAAAAAAGUUAUGUUACUCUUUGUAUUGUAUAUAUGAUUUAUUACUGAUGAAAGAUGAGGGAUUUGACCGAAGAUGUCUCAUCGAAUAGUUUAUGUGAAGAAACCAUCAGCCUGAUAUAUAUUUUUUAUCUUCGAUAGCUGUUCAAUUGUUCUGCGCCAGAUACUGGUAACAUGGAGGUACUGAUCAAAUACGGCACAGACGAACAAAAGGUAUGAUACCUAUACACCUCUGAUGUGAGGAUGGAAAAAAAUCAUAUUUCUUCAUAUUGUUACGUGAGCUGAAUAACCAAACAGUAAUGUUUAUAGGCUUUAAUUCUGAUUUUAGCUGAAAUUUUCCUGCUUUUAUGAUUAUUUUUUCCACAGGAUAAAUGGCUACAUCCACUUUUAGGCGGAAAAAUCAGAUCUUGUUUCGCUAUGACAGAACCAAAGGUAAUAAUUAAAGCAAAUUCCAUGCCCGUUUUUUAUCAUUUAUCAUAUAUUAUUUUUCGUCUUUCUUUUUCGAGUCGACUAACUGUGAGCACGGAACAGAGUUAUCUCAAAUGGAAGGCUUGUCUUUCGCGUUGGUUGUGCCGCUAGGAACUCUUCCUUACCCCAUAAAAAUUUUUAGACCAAGGAAUAGUUUCUCUCUGGAACAAACCGUCUACUUAUUAGAAUAUUCCGCCUACUCAAAAACGUUCUGAAAAUCCCGCCUGCCUUGUAAAAAAAAUACCUCAUCAAGGAGAAAACUGCAUGAAAUGUUUGCAGUGCAAUUCUCCUCUAGGGAGGGAGGCAGGGCAUUAUGAUGAUGCCAUGCACUUCCUUUGCUUUUGUUUUUACUUAAUAUAUACAUGACUAUUAUAUAGUUGCUAUCAACAGUGUCUAACAAGGUUACUGUAGCUAAAUCGUCUGCUCCUCAGGCUUUUUUUCUUAGUGUAAUAUCUUUUUAUUCCGAUGUUUUUCUUUAUAGGUAGCGUCAUCAGAUGCCACUAACAUCGAAUCUUCCAUAAUUCUGGAUGGUGAUCAUUAUAUCAUCAACGGACACAAGUGGUGGACAUCAGGUUAAAGAAGAGGAAGUUGCCGAUUUUACUGUCCGGCGAGCAAGGUCUCCAUUUGGGAGAGUCGCCGCGAGAACUCACGCGAGAGCCACAGGGGAAAGCUCGCGUGUUUUCUCGCCGCUAACUUUGCUCGCAGGCUACUCUAGUUCUUGAUCUAAACACUGUUGACUUGUAGCAUAAUCUACUUUCUAUUAAGAGUUGCUCCAGCCUCGAUUGUGUCUGUUGAAAUUAGGACUCAGUUCCUUAACCCUUUAGGUCCCAAGAGUGACCAACAUCAAUUUUCUUCUAACAACAUCAGCAGAUCAUUAAGAGUAAAGGUUAUGAGAAUUACUAACUUGAUUACCAAUGGAAGAACGCUUUGAUCUUAAACCAAAUUCUCUCAACUAUUGUUAAAAGAAUUGUAUGGAGAUCAAUCUGGAGGAUUUGUAUGUGGAUCUUGGGGCUUAAAGGGUUAAAAGAGGUUGAUUCCUGGUGACCUUCUAUUUGGGCGCACCGAUCAGGGUUAGAGUUUUUAUCUAGAAGCCAUUUGUAAUUAAAUGGGCUUUCUGGGAGGGCCGCUCGUUAGGCACGCAAACAUAAGGUAUCGUACAGCCCAUCCUUUCCGCGUACCAUAUUUUUUCCUGGUCGUUGUUUUGGUCUUUUCAUUCCCAGAACCCUGAAACAUGUUUCCAACGUUUCUCUAUGUAGUAGCUGGAAUGUCGUUAGAUGUUUUGUUUUUUACCAUUGUAGGUGGCAUGGACCCUCGAUGCAAGAUCUGUAUUUUCAUGGGAAAAACCGAUCCUGAGGCACCCAAACAUAAACAACAGGUAGUGAUUCUUUGUUACGUGUUGAUCGGUAGCAGAAAUGUCGCUUUUCAUUGAAAACAAAAAUGAGAAAUUUACUUUUAUAAAUUUGUCAAUAAAUUGUAGUCUAAUAUGGUUAAAUGACUUAUGCCUCCAGUCUUCAUGUAGAUACGGGUUUUGGUAAGCAAAAGUUUAAUAUUGGUUUGACCGAAUUGAAAUUCGUUACUAUCGGGCUUUUCUAGCUAUUUAUUGUUAUUUUUGAUCUUCUCUUGUCUAAUAGUGUUCUACAUUUAGUUUCGAAUCUAGUCGGUUCACAGACCUAAUAUCCUUACAUCCCUUGAGAGAAGAGGGUACGCCGCUAGCCUAAGAGGGCGAGCUUUGAGUAAAUGAGAUAUAGAAUUUCCUUCUUUAAUGUCCUCUUGUCUAGAAUGUCUAGCUAACCUGAGACUAGGGCUUCACUGAUCUGUACAAACACAAACACUUCCUUCUCGAAAUUAUUUCAGGCUAUGAUACUUGUUCCUAUGGAUGCGCCUGGGGUUACUGUGGUACGACCUUUAUCCGUUCUUGGAUACCAAGACCCUCCUUGUAAGUUGUGCCCUAUUUCUUCAUAUUGUUACGUGAGCUGAAUAACCAAACAGUAAUGUUUAUAGGCUUUAAUUCUGAUUUUAGCUGAAAUUUUCCUGCUUUUAUGAUUAUUUUUUCCACAGGAUAAAUGGCUACAUCCACUUUUAGACGGAAAAAUCAGAUCUUGUUUUGCUAUGACAGAACCAAAGGUAAUAAUUAAAGCAAAUUCCAUGCCCGUUUUUUAUCAUUUAUCAUAUAUUAUUUUUCGUCUUUCUUUUUCGAGUCGACUAACUGUGACCACGGAACAGAGUUAUCUCAAAUGGAAGGCUUGUCUUUCGCGUUGGUUGUGCCGCUAGGAACUCUUCCUUACCCCAUGAAUUUUUAGACCAAGAAAUAGUUUAUCUUUGGAACAAACCGUCUACUUAUUAGAAUAUUCCGCCUACUCAAAAACGUUUUGAAAAUCCCGCCUGUCUUGUAGAAGAAAUACCUCAUCAAGGAGAAAACUGAAUAAAAUGUUUGCAGUGCAAUUCUCCUCUAGGGAGGCAGGGCAUUAUGAUGAUGCCAUGCACUUGGUCUGCUUUUUUUACUAAAUAUAUACAUGUAUAUUACAUAAUUGCUAUCAACAGAGUCUAACUAGGUUACUGUAGCUAAAUCUUCUGUUCCUUGGGCUUUUUUUCUUAGUGUAAUAUCUUUUUAUUCCGAUGUCAUUCUUUAUAGGUAGCGUCAUCAGAUGCCACUAACAUCGAAUCUUCCAUAAUUCUGGAAGGGGAUCAUUAUAUCAUCAACGGACACAAGUGGUGGACAUCAGGUUAAAGAAGAGGAAGUUGCUGAUUUUUACUGUCCAGCCUCCAGUCUACUUUUAGCCGGCGAGCAAGGUCUCCAUUUGGGAGAGUCGCAGCGAGAACUCACGCGAGAGCCACAGGGGAAAGCUCGCGUGUUUUCUCGCGGCUAACUUUGCUCGCAGGCUACUCUAGUUCUUAUCUAAGCACUGUUGACUUGUAGCAUAAUAUACUUUCUAUUUAGAGUUGCUGCAGCCUCGUUUGUGUCUGUUGAAAUUGGGACUCAGUUCCUUAACCCUUUUGGUCCCAAGAGUGACCAACAUCAACAUUACUAGAUCAUUAACAGUUAAUUUUAUGAGAAUUACUAAAUUGAUUACCAAAGGGAGAACGCUUUGAUCUUAGACCAAAUUCUCUCAACUUUUGUUAAAAGAAAUGUAUGGGGAUCAAUCUGGAGAAUUUGUGUGUGGAUCUUGGGGUUUAAAGGGAGAAAAGAAGUUGGUUUCUGGUGACCUUCCAUUUGGACACACCCAGUUUUGUUAUUAAAUGCGCAUUCUGGGAGGGCCGCUCGUUGGGUACGCAAACAUAAGGUAUCGUACAGCCCAUCCUUUCCGCGUAUUUUGUUGUCCUGGUCGUUUUCUUGGUCUAUUCAUUCCCAGAUCCCUGAAAUAUGUUUCCAACGUUUGUCUAUAUAGUAGCUGGAAUGUCGUUGGAUGUUUUAUUUUUGACCAUUUGCAGGUGGCAUGGACCCUCGAUGCAAGAUCUGUAUUUUCAUGGGAAAAACCGAUCCUGAGGCACCCAAACAUAAACAACAGGUAGUGAUUCUUUGUUGCGAGUUGAUCGUUAACAGAAAUGUCGCUUUUCAUUAAAAAAAAAAUAAUGAGAAAUUCAAUUUUGUAAAGUUGUCAAGAAAUUGUAGUUUAAUAUGGUUAAAUGACUUAUGCCUCCAGUCUUCAUGUAGAUACCGGUUUUGGUAAGCAAAAGUUUGAUAUUGGUUUGACCGAAUUGAAAUUCGUUACUAUCGGGCUUUUCUAACUAUUUGUUUUUAACUUUGAUCUUCUCUUGUGUGAUAGUCUUUUACAGUUAGUUUCGAAUCUAGUCGGUUCACAGACCUAAUAUCCUUACAUCCCUUGAGAGAAAAGGGAACGCCGCUAGCGUAAGAGGGCGAGCUUUGAGUAGAUGAGAUAUAGAAUUUCCUUCUUUCGUGCCCUCUUGUCUAGAAUGUCUAGGUAACCUGAGACUAAGGCUUCACUGAUCUGUAUAAACACAAACACUUCCUUCUCGAAAUUAUUUCAGGCUAUGAUACUUGUUCCUAUGGAUGCGCCUGGGGUUACUGUGGUACGACCUUUAUCCGUUCUUGGAUACCAAGACCCUCCUUGUAAGUUGUGCCCUAAAUCUACAAACUCAACAAUAAUGCGUGGCUGUUACCCGACUUCAACUUCAACUUCAACUUCAACUUUAUUUCAUAAGACUAUUGGUUACAAUAGACUGGCCCGCAAAAUAGCAAUUGCUAAUCUAGGCGGACCAGUUAAAAGAAAAAUAAAUUGAAAGGAAAAGAAAGGAAAGGAAAAGGAAGGAAAAACUACAAUUUUAAGUUACAAUAAAUAAUACCCGACUCUGUUUUUUAGAGCGUGAGACGGAGAAUGUUUUCUAUGUAGUGUUUUUUGUUUGGCUAAGGAUUCCGAGCGGCUGUUAAGAGUAAAUUAUUUGUUAUUUACUUCUGGUUUAUAGCUUACGUCACGGCAGUCAUGUUGGGCUUUUCCCUCCGCUGGGUUGUAUUGUUUUGACAACCAACAUUGCCACCUUGUCACGUGAUUGCAGAUCAAGAUUUCUACUGUCACGAAACUCUUCAAAAUUUUAUUCGUUCUUCUUGGGAUGAAGCUCUAAUGUUUCAGGGUUUCCAUGCGAGGGUCUAUUGUUUCUGUCGUUUGUUUAUCGUUUUCUUGGCUAAUCAUGUUAGCUGUUCCGAGGGCUCCCAGGCGACCCUAAGAUUUGUGUAAGACAGGGAAAAGCCAUAAUGAAGUAAAGUUUCAGUAUAUUUAUGUGGUUUUUAUAUGUUAUAGGCGGGCAUGCAGAGGUACUCUUCCAAGAUGUUCGAGUUCCUAAAGAGAACAUUUUACUGGGACCCGGAAGGGGAUUUGAGAUCGCUCAGGUGAGUCUCGUUAAUAGCUCUGGUUAUAUUAACUGAGUUACUGAAGUACGUUGUCAAAUUUACCUUCUAACGCAGCCGAUAAAAACGAAAUAGGCCACUUGCACUAAGAGGCCACUUGACCAGUGCUUCCUUUAAACAAUGAGUUGGAGGGUGAGUUUGAAUCUUGCUGAUGCCAAAAAUUGACACAGCACAUAAAAGUUAUCCUACACCCGAAAUUUGAGGGGAAACGAAUUUAACGGAGAUAUUUCAUGGAACCUUGAUUUUUCAGCAAAGUAGUAUGAUUUGUAUUGGCUGCCAUGUUGGAGGGCAAACCCUUGCCCUCCAACAUGGCGGCCAAAACUACUUUUUGCUUAUGUCUUGUUAAACGUUUGAUAGUUACGCUCAGAUGUGCUAUAAACGUUACCACAUCAUCUUUUCAACACUUUCCUUGAAGUUUAAGUGCAAAAUUUGUGUUCAGAAAGAGGUAAUUCAUAAUUUUAAAAUCACAUUUUGAUCACGUGACCAUCUACGAACUUACAUAUUUUCAGAAAAUGGUGCCGGUUUGAAAAACCAAAUCACUAUUAUUUUGUUUAAGAUAUGACCCACGUGUCGUUUUUCGAAGGAAAAAUCAUAUAUAACUUUCAUUUUCAUAAAAACGAUGUCACCUGACCUCUUAGUGCAAAUGGCCUAUUUUUUUGACGCUUGAGCUGUAGUGUUCGUUGAUGUGUUGCUGUCUUAAAUCCUCUUUUGCUUGAUUUUAAUAGAUUUGUUAUUACAUAUUACUUUGUGUAUUCUCCUGUUUCGCCUUCUUAGUAGAAGCCACUUGACGACUGUUUAUUUCAAGUUCAUGCUUUUUUUAUGUUUUCAGGGUCGCUUGGGUCCAGGCCGUAUUCAUCAUUGCAUGCGCUUGAUAGGGCAGGCAGAGAGAGCCCUGGAACUAAUGAUUGAAAGAGUAAGUGUUGAGUGAACUGUCGUCGUUAUUGAAAUUGGCAUCUCCUCGUGUUGCAAAUCACGAAUCGGUUCUCCCAAAUAACACUAGCGACCGACAUUUUCUUUUCUUUAUUGACAGGUUAAAAGUAGAGUGGCUUUUGGAAAACCUUUAGUCCAGCAAGGAAGCAUUUUACAAGACAUAGCAGAAUCCAGAAUAGAGAUAGAACAAGCAAGGUGCGACUACCCCGCGCUUAUUGUUAAUUAGAGGGCAAAAAGAAGCAGCGAAAGGAAUUCUUGUUUUACGUUUAGAGUCUUUAAAGCCUACGCAACCUACUCAGAUGGCAUAGAUUUUGAAUGUAGUUAAGGUAGUAGGUUGUAAAGGAAUUCUGUUACUAUGAGACCUUAAGCAUAGAGCCCGCUUUGAAAAUUACACUUCUGAAAAGCACUUUAUUGUUUGCCUGAUUUAGUAACCACCUUGAAAUUAUUUUUGCAGACUUCUAACCCUCAAAGCUGCCCAUCUUAUGGAUACCGUAGGAAAUAAGGUAUUUUAUUUCGAAGGUUGUUUGAGUAUUUAGCAUACUACACGUUUUCUUUGCUGAUUUAUUUAUUGCAUUUUUUAGUUUUAUGAAGUAAAAAUCACGAAUCUGAGAUAAUCUCAUAAAAUGGGGUACAGUGACACACCCAAGUACAAAAUAUGAAAAUAAGCCUUGUAUAACAUAUAAUGUCAAGUGUCCGAUUUGGCAUUGAGUUUCAACUUUCAGCUGUUCUUUAACAUAUUAAGCAAUCAAACCUGCGUUAUGCCGUCACACUCUUUAGGAAUGGCCAACUGAUUGCUUAAUACAGGUUGACCGUUUACCACAGGUUUGACAAACCUGAGAAUUUAUCAACAAAAUAAAGAUGGUAACAAAGAAAAAAUAUCCAUAAUACGACAAUUCGACCUCAGACUGCUUCUAUCUCUUCUUAUGCCAAAGGAGAGAGAGUAAAAGCUAAGACCAUAAGCACUGAAUGCCGUGCUCAGUUUUUCUUUUGCACUUCUAUGGGACACCUUCAUUGACAAAGAGACCGUUUAAUAUUGGUGAACUCGUUGGUACCACGAACAUGUGUGAUAGAACCGGCCGCUUCAGUGAAACAGAUCAGUUUUACAGUAAUUAUUUAGGGACAUGGUUUCCAUGGCUUUGACGUCUUUAAUUUGAAAAUGAAAAGGCGAUGGUUGUCGUCUUAAUGGUACAAGAUACCUUCCUUUCACUAUGGCUGGCUGUAUAAAUGCCUUCAGCGUCUGUCAUUCUUUUUUUAGGCUGCUUCUCCUGAGAUCGCCAUGAUUAAGAUAGUUGCUCCUCGGAUGGCACAGAAUGUCGUCGAUAGAGCCAUGCAGGUUUGUCUGGAAUUCCAUCCAGCAGUUUUAUACGCGAGCCUUAGCUGGAAAAGCGCUUUUAAAAUGUUAUCAACUAACAACAUUUAUCGUUGCCGUACCAAAGUACUGCUCAGUAGCUUUAUGUGAAUUCUCACACUUUAGGAUUUUGUCCACAGACUCAAAAGUUAUAACAUAAGAGAAUAUAAACAGCACGACAGGAAAUUAAUGCUCAGAACUCCCGUUUAAAUUGUUGGUGAUGAUUUACAAUUUUUUCCACCGAUGUAAACAAACUAUAGCAAAUAUGUUGCACUCAUACCAAGAACACCUUGGGCAUCUAAUAAGAUAACAUUUCCAUACUAUUCUGCAUGGAAUUCUGAGGAACAUCUUGUUGUAGAGAUUCUAUUUCUGCUUUCGGUCCUCGUUCUGGCGUAACAUAAGCAUUCUGACUCUUUCACGUCAACCAGAAGUGGUCAUUUUUCAUUUUUGGACGGUGGUUUUGCCCAAAUAAUUGGACAAAUCGUCUCUAUAAUAGCAUAGUUAUGAUAAUAGUAAAGACACUUUUGGUACCGUCAAGGUGAUUUAAAAUGAAAAAGACCUCACUUCCGGUUGACAUGCGUCGCUCAAAAACUUCUUUGCUUAAGCACCCUAUUGGCUCGUUUUGACAGGCAUUUGGAGGAGCCGGUCUUUCGUCUGAUCAACCGCUGGCCCAGUUCUAGUCAUGGGCUCGUGUUCUCCGCCUCGCGGACGGACCGGAUGAGGUGCAUCUUGGGGCGGUGGCAAAGCGAGAAGUAAACAAAGAUAGCUUCAAAGGGAGAUGAAUUUGUUCAAGAUAUACGCUUAGUGAGCACAGAACUAUGAUUUAAUUGCGUAAUUCUAUUUGAAAUGUCUAUCCCUAUUAUAUGACUGGCUCCGCGAGAGGGGCUAAAUCUUGGUGUCGCGGAAACCAUUGUUGCUUAGUUACAUGUAUUGUGUUGUGGUGUAAGUAUGGUUCAGCGUCUUAUCAGUCUUUGUAUUAAGUCAUUUGGUGAUCGCGCUUUCUGCAAAACCAAGAAACUAUCGUAAGAGGUCUAGCUGAAGCAAUUACUGUCGUUUGAUCGGCCACUCGAGUCACCAGGAUGGGCUGUCUUGCCUAUCAUUGGCCAUUUAGCCACUUACCCAUUUGGCCAUUUGACUCCUGUCCAUAAAAACGCAAACUUCCAUAUUUACCUUGUACGUGGAUGAUAACCGACAUACGUUAAGACCGUAAUAAUCCGAUAAGCUAGAGAGAGGCGAGGAGAGAAGACAAGGAUUAAGGUUUUUUUAAAACUCAACUUAUUGAUCGCUUCGGCUGCCCACCCAUCUCUUUCAGUACUGCCUCGUAACUCGUUGGUCAGAAUCUGUGAACAUAUAAGGUGGUUAUUAGCUAUUAUUUCAAUGGUUACACAUACGGGCAGGUCUGUUGAAUCGUUUUGGGGAACGUGCUAAGGAACGGAUAGCAAAAGCAGUGCUCUCGUACGUUUUCUUGGAAACGUCCUCCGUCCUUCGUACUAGAUAUUUCUGAUAUUUUUAAACGUUAAUAAUAAUGUCGAAAGCUAAAACAGUUUACAAUUUUAAUAUUUUACUGUCUGAAUGACGCAAAGAAGAGCAUAGAUAUACACGUUUAGUGCACACAAAUGAUGAAGGAACUCACUUGAUGUAACACUUUCCUACUCAGUCACUUCAUCUACCACUUCAGAAACUCUGGGGAGAAUGGGUGCAAGCUUUGGGUAAUGUGACUUCUGGAAUCGUUGGGAAGCGUUAGUUAUGAUUGGUCGAUGGUGUUCAAGGCAACCAUUGACCAAUCAUAAGUAACGCUUGUCCACUCAAACGAUCCCAAAAAUCGUUGCGCCGAAAGCUUCUUGUACCCAUUCCCUCCCCUUUCUGGAGUCAGAAACUCUGGGGAGAAUGGGUACAAGCUUUGGGUACUGUGAUUUCUGGGACCGUUGGGAAGCGUUAGUUAUGAUUGGUCGAUGGUAUUCAAGGCAACUAUUAACCAAUCAUAAGGAACGCUUGUCCACUCAAACGAUCCCAAAAGCUUCUUGUACCCAUUCCUUCCCCUUUCUGGAGUCAUUCUGACGCUUUGAGCAGCCAAAAUUACCUAUACAAUUAUUUCAAUGCAAACCAGAUUAUUUUUUUGCAGAAAAAAUCUGGCAACAUGAAAGUGAUAGGUUUUUUCAGACAC